AUGACACAAGUAUUUUGUUCACAUAUUUUAGUAAAACAUACUGGUUCUAGAAAUCCACAUUCAUGGAGAGAAACAACAAUUACUAGAACAAAAGAACAAGCAAUUCAAAAAUUAAAAGUAUUAAGAGAACAAAUUGUUAAAGGGAAAAAAGAUUUUCGUCAAACAGCAAUAAUUGAAUCAGAUUGCUCAAGUAGUGCUCAAGGUGGAUUAUUAUUAGGAACAAUAGAACAAUAUCAAAAACCAUUUGCUGACGCUUAUUUGAAAUUAAAAGUAGGGGAAAUUAGUGAUAUUAUUGAAACUGAUUCAGGUGUUCACAUUAUUUUACGUUUACCAGAAGGAACAACUCAAUAA